ACUGCAGCACGUUCUAUACUCGCUCGCUGGAUCUUCGCAAUAGAGAUCACCUUUUUCACACGUCUCGGACUCACACAAAUCAAAGGCGCUUCCACGAUCACCCAGCAACCCGUGCGCUUUCAUUCCUGAAAGUCGUAUGCUUUGAGCCGGUUUUCUUUUCGACUUCAUACUUGUGUUCAUAAAGCCGAACUGUGCCACGAUUCCGUCACUCGAUACGGGCUUCCUGAACUUGAUUUAGACUUUGCCCUAAGAUAAUCAUGGUAUUCAACACUCCUCUUCCGAGGACAGGGCUCGGCAAGAGACCCUCGUCCUCAAUGAAAAACGAUAGCGCGGGUUGGGAGACUAGUCCUACCAUGCUUCCUCCCUCGCGCCUAUCCGUCAACCUGCCCUAUACGCACUAUGCUCUGAUCUACGUGGACAACAUGGGCAAGCUUAGGGUGGCCGAAUCUCCCUCGAUCCAAGAGCAUCACACCACCAUCUUCACCUCCGAAGUGCGCGACAACUUCCUGGAGAUCCUUGGCGCAAAAGUUGGAUACCAAAAGCCUACGCUUCAAAGCAUCAACCCGACCGCACUAAGCUAUGACCGCUUUGAGGAGCCAGCUUGCCAGCGCCAAGGAAAGAGACGUAGACUUCACUCUCAGAAUCCAGUUCCGGUUAUGCAGAACCCUCAGCCCGAUCUCACAGAGUUCCCGUCUAGUGCAGGAGUGAACCGAAUCCCGCUUGAGAUCGGUGAUUCCGAGCGAGUGGAACAGUACUACACGAUCUCCUUCCGGCACUUUCAGCAGGUCAACUGCCGCGUCGUUGCAAAGGCCUUCAUCAAAGUCAUUGAACCCCGCAAGCAAGUGAGGCACCCCUAUAACGGAGGCCGGCCUAAGCCUGGAGCCCCUCCCGGCUCUAAGGGUGAUCCGGAGAAGACGAAGCCUGAGUGGUGGCCUGCUCGUGUGGUGCACAGGGAGCCGGAUCAUUUGAAAAAGGAGGAGAGAGUCGAGCUCUUGGUUCAUAUCGUGCGCAAACUGAGAAAGAUUGGAAUCACUGCCGACAAGCUUCUGGAGAUCGCGUUCGACUGUCGCAGGCAACUAAAAGAACAAGAGAAGUUCUCGAUUAUCGAGGAGAUAUGCAAGGUGCGGAAAUUGGAGGAAAGAUAUGAGCGGGGUGAAGUGGAUGGUUCGACAGUCGUCUAUGUGAUGGACCGCGAGGCCCACCCUAAGGGCGACAAAGAUGCCGAGUCGGUCGCCGAGCCUGAGCCCAAGCUCGAGCCAGAAGAGCCCAUCAACUUGGAAGAAGUGGCCAUAACCCCGACCCCCUCGGUUGAGGAAGUACAACCCCCUUACACCAUGGAUCCUCGCGACAUGACGGUAUCUCGCCCUAUGCCCAUGGGAGAAGAAAGAGAUCAGCUUUUCCCCUUGCCGGAAUCUCUAAGCUUUGGAGAGCCAGCCAGGCACGAUGGAACGUUUUUCGCUCCAUCGAGCGACUAUCACGGUGACUACUCGAAUGCUCUCAUCGAACCACCUACGACUCCUGCAAUGAUCACACCGACUGAGCAGACUGCUUCAUAUGAUUUCCUGACGCAAGCGCCCUUUCCCGAUGCUAGUACCGUGGAGCACCGUCCAGCGGCGAUGCCAAUGCAACACUCGGUCAGCCAGUAUGAUACCUGGACGUCAUCUUUCCGACAGGAUCUAUUUGGCCCUCUGGAUUUCGGAUCCGCGGCCAGCCAUGCCGUCCCUCAGCCCCGCAUGCACUACCAUAUGGGAUCAAAUGCCGAAGACAUUGACCACCUUACUGAGCUCCCUCGCGACCAUACUACCUUUAUGGAACCACCCAGCUCUAGAGGGUCUCUCUUCCGCACUGGCUCCUUGAGCCAUCCACACUUUGGUCACCAGAGUGUUGAUCAAUUGUGAUCGGCCAGUUGCGCAUUGGUUGCUUUGGCCAGACAGAACAGUCUCUUGAUCAUUCUGAUCUUAACGAUACGUACGACCAUGACGAGCUUGUUAUUUGCGAUCAUUUCUCUCCUUCUCUUCUGUCUCCAGCGCCAGGAGAUGAC